AUGGCAGCCUGUAGCGUCAGGUACAUGUCAACUACCAAGAAAGUUUACCUCAACAGGUACGGUAUUCAGAUAUUCAAGGGGGUUGAUAAGGCGGUUCCUACUACGAAUGCUUAUCACAACAGGUAUUCGGUUGCCAGAGUUAACGACACGGGUCCAGAAGACGUGCAAAUGGAAAACGCUGGUGUCCACCUAGUGGAUUCACGAGACUCGCUGGGCAGAGGUCGCUUCUUCAUCUGGAGCGUCCACCACCUCGUGCCUAAAAACCUCGAGAACACCUGGGCCUGGCAGAGAUCUUACUAUACCCCCUUAAUGUGGGUUGGUCUCGAAUGUUGUUCAGACACCGCCAUCACCUUCCACUACAUCAGCCCCGAAAAGAUGAGGGAGCUGGACUACCUCCUCUACCCCCUCAGACCAAACGGGGCUGCGCCCCAAGUACUCUUCCCUCCAGCCCUCCCUCCGGACCUCAAAAAUGUCCCCAAUGAGCUCAUUCAAAAUUCAAUAACAAGUCAACCGUUGAGCCGUCCAUCGGUAAUCAGCAGCCGGAGCAUGUUUAAUGUACGCUUAUAAGCUUAUUUUAUUUGAGCAUAUUUCAUAAAUACAAUUUGAAAUGCAAUUACA